ACUGUUGCUGCUGCUGCUGCUGCUGGUGCGACUCGCCGCUAAGUGCCUGCUAGUUGGCGGCGCCACCCUAAAUACUCGCAGACUCAGUAUGUUCAUAACUUUGCGUUUAAAAGGAUGUGUGAGAGAGUUACGGACGCGCGCGCCUACGUACAAAUACAAAACAAUUUAUACCAAAUCAAACCAAGUCGAGCAGCAAGAAAUAAAAACUGCAGUACAAAAAAAUUUUGUGCAAAUGCUAUGAAAAGUUGCUUAACGCUACUAGUGCUCAGAUACACACACUACAUACUAGAACGACAGUUUAAGUCAAGCAAAAUGAAUAAAAAAUAAAAAAAAAUAUUGUUGGUAGAGAUAGAAGUUUCAAGAGUUUCUAGUGAUUUCAAAACCGCAUGAAAAUGCACUAAAAGUUAAAAACUUGAAAAUCUUUGUGUAGCAUUGUUACAAAUGCGCCUAAAAGUUUGCUAGAAAUUUUCACCAAAACAGAUACUUCUGGAUGAGCCAAACCUUUGUGGCGAAAUAUACCCAAAAUUGUGUUCGCGACAUCAAAGAAAAAAAAAAACAACCCCAAAAACUUGUGCCAACUGCAACUCGAAUUUCACAUUGAAAAAAAGCGAAUUUUUCGCCCCAAACUCUCCACAUCGUUCUCCAGAGUACUUUAUCCGUAACACAAACAAACAAAUAUCCAACGGUUAAGGGCAGCGCUGCAAGGCGGGCGGCACAUUUGGAGCAGCAGAUAGUAAGUAGUAGUGAAAAAAGACACUAAAUAAAAUACUACGCAGCAGCAAAUUUAUGCGAAAUUCAUUUCUGAACAACAAAGAGCCAACAACACACGCACGCACGCAUGCACACCCACACACACACACGGCCACACAAACUCGCCCAGCCAACAAAACAUACCAGACCAGCUCAGCAGCAAGAGUCAGCAAAGAGGCGGCGGUGGAGGUAGCAGGCAGAAAGAAAACAAAAACCCAAACUCAGCAGCCACGAUGCCAGCGAAGGCCUAAAGGAGGUGCGACCCAAUGUUUUGACUGAACGUGGGCCAAAGAGGCGGCAGAACAGAAGAGCGGCACGUUUGCGCGACGGUUGGUUGCUGCCUGGCGUUGUGGUGUUGGCUUCUGUUGCUUGAAUUGAAUUGAACGUCCACCACUUCAUUCGAAGAGAGUUGGUGCUUAAGAGCAAAGGUUUCAAGAGGCAGCGUGUUUAAUUAAAAAACAAAAAAAAAACACCAAACAAUCUUGAAUGAUUAUAAAUAAAGCGCUCUUCGCCCAUACGCAUGCCCUGCCACUCUCUGACAUUCCGCAACAAUAAAUCGGUUUGCGCGUUAAACAAAUGCAACUCAGAGAGAGAGACUGGGCAAAGUGCACCUUCCGAUUGUGGACGGUGAAUCAAAACAAAACAGCGAGUAAUAGUCGUAAAACGCAGCAACAACAUAAAACAACGACAGUGCAUUUGAGUUGUAAGACAAGGCGAAAUACUAAUAAAAAAAAAACAAAUAUUGCAAAAAUGAACCAUAAAAAAGAGCAAUAACAAAAUUAGAGGGUUCGUACUCGUACAUAUGUGUAUGUAUAUGUAUGUAUGUAUGAUAAACGGGCAGCAUAGCAAAGAGGUCAAAACAACAACAACAACAGUCGUUGAAGGCGAACGCCUUGUCCUGAUUGCUAAAAAUAGCAUUUUGUUGUAGAGUAGCACAAAAUUAGAAGCACACACACACACACACAUAUCGGCACAGAUUCUGCGACGCACACACAGCCACACAUUCGUAUGUUUCGGGUGACUGCGAAACAGCAUAUACGCCGUCGUCACGCAUUUAAAGAACUCAUUCAAUUCGAUGUCCCAAAAAGAAAGCGCCAGGAGUAGAAGACCAAGCAGAAUCUCGCCACAAAAUAGUAGGAGUCGACAGCAACGUAAGCCGCAGCAACAGCCGCAGCAGCGACUGUGAAAACGAAGUGAGCAACCGAACCCCACGUACGAGCAGCAGCCAAGUGAGUGUGUGUGUGAGUGUCCACGAGCGGAAGCACAACUUCGCGGGCCGGAAGUAAACGCGAAAAUUGCACGAAAUAAGAACACGGAAGUUUCUAGUUGUAUCGGCGCGGCUCAAGUGGAAGGAGCAAACGAAGUGUUGCGGAGUUUAGCGUUUUGUGGUUAGUGUGCGAAAAGCUGAAAAGCGACAACAACAACAACAAAUGUGUGAAAUGCAAUAUAGCAAACAAAACAAAUAAAAGUUAUUAAUUAGCUCGUUUGUAAUGCAAAAGCGUUAAGUAUAAAUAGAUACAUUCUGAAAGUGAAUUUUUGCAAACCCAUUUGCAGAAAGAAAACGGCGAAAGAAAAAAGUGAAAAUAGGCAGUGAAGGCAACGAAUUUAAAAGGCUGCUGUAAUUGGUUGGCUAAACAAAAAAAAAGGAAUAAGUAACAGCCAAAGGAAGCUGAGCAACUGUAUAGCGCAAAGAGUUAGCGCAAAAACGUACAUAAAUGUGUUACAAUAACAAAAGUGUAUAUAGUGUGAAAAACAUAUGUACCAACGAAAAAUAUGUGCAUAAAUAAUUCAUAUACAUACAUACUUAUGCAUUCACAUCUCUGCUGAUCAAAGUUAAGUGUUCAUAUUUUUAUACAUAUAUCACGAAUACAUAUUUGUAUAGAAAAUACAUUUUCAAGUACUUAUGUAUGUCAUAUGUAUAUACAGAAAUACAGUGCAUACCUGUAAGUGCAUACAUAAUUGUGAAAUAAGGUCGUGCGUAAAUUAACGCUGUUUUCAUACUUCAUAAUUGAGUGUUUUUACUUAUCAAAUGUAUGUAAAUAUACUCCAACUGAAUUAAGUCAAAACAGAUAUUGAAAUUAAAAAAUAAAAAUUUUAACACUAAAUCAGGAAAGAGAAGCAAAAGUGUUCUAUAAUCUGAACAUAAAAAUUAUAAUCUCGGAAAUCGCACAAUUAAACUUCGCAUAAAGACGGUUCAGGUGCAUCUGACAAUUUACCUGCGGAGUUUUAUAUUUUGUGCGAAAAAUGCCAAAUUCCAUCCAAAUAACAAAACCAAGGAAAAUAAUGAGGCCAUCGAUCGGAACAUGACGUAAGGCAAAAAGCUAAAUAAAAACCAACAACAACAACCUAGAAAACCAACCACAGAGCCUCCCAUUAAUAACUAAAAAUAACCACAGCAAAGUGAAAGGUUGAAAAAAAUUAAAAAAAAAAUAAAUUUUUUAAACUUGAAAAGGCGGUUUUCCCCAGAAUCUGAAUAACCGACUGCCGUAGGGGAAAUCCCGCACUAAUGUAAGCUCAUGCCAAAAGUUAAUCGUAAAUUGUUUAGCGAAAAUGGACGUUAAUUGCGAGAGAUUGAGUAAUAAAGGCGGACAACGCCACAGCUACAGCCACAGCCGCGUGGCCGUGCAAAGGCAACGUUACGACGAUGUGGCACGCUCAGUAAGCCAAACGGUGGCCACCUAUGCGCUACGUAGUCGGCGACGGUCGGCAGCAGCAGCGGCGGCGCAACGCAUGCAAAAUGCUACAGACACCGGCGGAGGAGAACGCCUGAGCGAUCAUCACAGAGCGAAUGGCAGAGGAACGGAAGCGGCAACAGUAGCGGCAACCACAUCACAGCGAAUGUCAGCUGCCGAAGCGGCCUUGGCUGAGGAAAGCGCAGCUGCGCGGCAAAAUGUGUGCGUCAUUUGUCGUCAGCGAGUGGAGGAAUGUUGCACGCGUUGUUGCAGCACUUUUGCAGCAACAUCGGCAGCCAGCAGCAGCAGCAGCACGCGGAAAGCGCCAGCCAACUAUGGCCAAAGCUUGCGGAGCAACUGUUGUCAGCGCGACACUGGCGUACGGCAGCAAAUCGUUAGUGCAGCAGUGGUGGAAGUGGCAACACCAACAUGUGCAACAACAGCGUGUGACUGUCAACUUGGUCCUACCGCAGCUGCUACCCAAGGACAUCGAUGGCAACCAAACGAGUGUGCUUGCGGCGCUGAGCGAGCGGCACUUUUGGGCGAAGACCGUUGCACACCAGCCGAGCAGUAUGCAACAAAGCUGACGAGUUGUGCCACAUCUGCGCCAGAGUCACAGCAGCGGCAGCCGGUAAUGCAACAAUGCACGCAUCCUACUUCUGAAGUGGCAACAACUGCAGCUGUGUGUUGCAGCUGUCGACGGCGGACGCAUUGGGCCACGUGCAACGUGCCACAAACACCUAACACAGCUGCAACAGCAUCACACUUUUCAAAAGCAACAACAAAUUCAACAACAAAUACAUCACCAAUGGAAGUUGCAACAACAAGCAUUGAUUUAGAUUUGACAACAGCGUCCGAAUCGCCCGCAUCACUAGCAUCAGCGGCAUCAUCAUUUGCAACAACAGCAACAGUAUCAGCAACACCACCAACAUCAACAUCAACAUCGUCAUCAUCAUCAUCAUUACCAGCACUCGCCGCCGGUACAAAAUUCAUCGAGCAACGCCAAAAUAUGCUAACUACAACCAAAACAGCUGUUACGGCAGUGGCAGAAGCAACAACAACAGCAACCACAACAACGAGUUUAUAUGCGCCUGCGCCUAGGCCCAUCGACAGAACGUUGCGUACGUUUCAAUUGUUGUUGCUGUGGAUUCAAGUGCAACUUUUACGACCCAUCUUUUGUCGGCGGAAAACCAAUUUCGUCAUCAUUCCAAAAUCAGGCGGCAAACGUCAUUGCUUAUGUCAAAACAAUUGCAAUAAAACUUACAACAACAAUAACGAACGUUUAUUACUCAGCCAGCAACAACAACUGCGCCAACAACUGCAUCAUCAUCACUCAACCAGCCCGCCCGAAAAGGCAAAGCGAAAUCGUUUUCACAACGAAAACAAACAGACGCCCAACAAUGAAUGGGACUGCAUCAAGAAUAACCACAGCAACGGUACACGUUAG